CUGCGACUGACAGCAAAAAGAGGAGCUGCUGCCAAUAUUUUCUGUUAAUAAUAGUUUUAAAUUGUAUCGAAGAGAAAUGACUGGCAUCAUGGACUCUGUGGAAAUGCCGAAAUUACCGGAAAAUCAGAAAACCUUUGCCGGCAUACCAGAAGCAAUAUUUCUAGAGGAAAUAGAUUCCUUCAUGGCAAAGCCAGAAAAUGAGAAUUGCGAGGAGGUGUUGCAGCGUCUGGACGAGCAGCAUGGCAAAUACCGAUUCAUGGCCUACAACCUGGAGGCGCGACGACGAAAGUUGAAGUCGCAGAUACCCGAUUUGGAGCGUUCGCUGGAAAUGGUGAAUGUGUUACGCAAGGAGGACGAGGAGCGCGAGACACAGUUCCUGCUUAGCGAUCAGGUGUUCAUCAAAACGCUGGUGCCGCCAACAAAGACCGUUUACCUCUGGCUGGGUGCCAGCGUGAUGCUAGAAUAUACGAUGGACGAGGCAGAGACGCUGCUGAAGCAGAAUAUUACAUCGGCUGUGGCGAACCUUAAGACAGUGGAGCAUGAUCAGGACUUCCUUAGAGAUCAAAUUACCACUACCGAGGUAAAUAUGGCUCGCGUUUAUAACUGGGGCGUUAAAAAGCGGCAGGCCGCUGCCAAAACCAAUGCGAGUAGCACUCCAUCCUAAACAUAAUUGUUAGAAGAGCAGUUCGCAAUGAAGCCUCAACACUCAGCAAAGCAAUUGAUGUGGCAAGGAGUUGCACCUAUCACCACACUACAUAUUUAUUUUACAACUUUCGCAAAACCCGAAUGAAUUCAAAUUUUUGGCACGUCUUUUUUGAGGAUUGCAAUAAUGUUACCAAUCAAACAAGUUGCAUUUGCUACGAAGCGAGCAUUAACAAUAAAAUGAAUGUUUAUAUAAGCAA